AUGGCUUUGGGCUCUGUUCUCCUGGCAUAUGGCCGCCUGAGCUCUGCGGACACCCCGUCGCUAGCUUUCGCGGACAAGGUAGGCGCAGACCUUCUGAAGUUGCUGCAUGGUGUUCUGGAUGUGCGCACAAUUGCCAUCAAGCUGGCUGCGGGCAAAGUAGUUGCGUGUCCAUUUUCUGCUGAAGUCAUCGAGGCUGGGCGUGAGCUUGUUUUCAGCAGUCUUGAGUCUGCGGGGUCAACUCUGCCUGUGCGAGAAGUGUCAGAAGGACAGCCGUUCUAUUUGGCUGCCAUAGAAGAGCUUUUGCGCAUGUCUGGUGAUCCGGACUACGCAGCCUAUGACACGGCCGAAAACUCCUUUGCAAAAGGUGUCCGCAUCGGUGUCGGAGCAGAGCUUCCUCGUGUGCCAGCUGUGUUUGAAGAAAAGACCCGCUGGCGCAAGUAUGAUGACGAUGCAGAGCAUGCGCAGUCCGAGCGAGACAACUAUUUGUCUGCUCGUGAAAAUGCUGCGGAAGUCCAGAAACAAUUUCUCGAGGAGGCGGCUCUAGGCGCAAUGGUAGAAGUUUCGCUGGAGGAGGCCCUGGCAGAGUAUGGGGACAGGCUGGCCUUGGCUUCACUGGGAGCCAUCGAGAAACGUGAUGGCACCUACAGAGUGGUUCAUGACGGCACCCAAGGAGUGGGUGUUAACUCGUCUAUCAAGGUGCGAGACCAGUUGCGAUCGCCCACAGCAGGCGACCUUAGUCCCAACGAGCCCAACAAGCAUGAGCCUCAACUCGCGGCGGCCUCGCUAGCUGCGCUUACGGUGUGGUACUUCUACUUCUUGUGUGUCUUCGUGCUGCUUGUCACGGCGAUUGGCUCCUCCAUUAUGGCAACCGGUCAAUAUCUACUCCAACAUCCUUUCGAUGCGCCCAGCUUGUUGGCCAGGAACAUGCCGCAAAGCACACACUUUUACCUUAACUUCAUUCCGAUGCAGAUGGCUGCCUAUGCGACGGCAGCACUGAGACUGUCACAGCUUAUGAAGUACAUGGCAUUCCGCACUUUCCAUGGCCCAGCCGAUGCCAAAGCAAGAAGUGAACCCGAAGACCAGACAUACUUCGGGAUCGGCUCGCGCUCUGCCCGUGCAUCCCUACAUCUUGUCACGGUUCUCACAUUUUGCACAUUGUCUCCUUUGAUUUCAUUUCUUGGCCUUAUGAUGUUCGCCAUAUGUCUUGCAACGCAAGGUUUUCUAUUCAGGGAGGUGGAGUCUGUCAAGUCAGAUUCGGGAGGAGUUUUCUUUGUAACGAGCCUGCGACAUGUCCUUCAGGGCCUGUUCAUCUUUGUUCUGUUGAUGACUGGAGUGCUUGCUGAGCGUUCUGGCAACUGGAUUCCCGGCGCCGUGUCGGCCAGCAGUUUGGUGUUCGUGCAGUGGUCGAAUAACACCUUCCGGAGAAGAUACCGUUGGCGACACCUCCAGUUCGAAGAGAUAUUGAAGAUGCCGGAGACCCGCAACAAGCGCCCCUCUUCCGGUGAGAAUUACAGACAGCCAGAGCUUGAUGAGUGUAUGAUGUUUGUGACGUUCGCCCUUACAUUCCUGACGCUGAAGGACGAAGAUCGGAGUCCGGGGUAUGUGUUGCUCAAUCUGUUCCAAGCUCUCUUCCUCACAGACAGCGAUGGAGCAGAAAGUAUAUCAGGCCUCGAUAUCGGUCACCAACAGACUCUGGAUUUCGGAAUCGAGAUGUACACCGGUGACGGAAGCCACCUUUUGCUGAUCGUGACGACUGUGAUAAUGCUCUUCGCUACCUCAAUUUUUUCCUUGGUGCUGCUGAACUUGACCAUUGGUAUGUACACCAAGUUUUACGAGCUGCAGGAGCCUUUGGCACGCUUAGGUCUUCAGCAGUGCCGUGCCAGGCUUUGCGUGCGCUUUGCAUUGAGACCAUCGGUGCCACGAACAUGGCUGGCUGGAAUGUCUCUCGAGGGAUCGAAGUGGAAGACUUGCCUCUUUGCGCUGCCUUUCGUUGUGAUCUUUCUGGCGUCUGCCAUCUUCGAGUUGUGGAGUGUAUAUUCAGGCGGUCUCUGCCUGUGCGCCGUCCUCCUUAUUUGCCAGGCUGCGUUGCUGAUCAAUGUCGAUGAUCUCGACUCGCGGCACAGGUAUCUGUGGGUAUGCUAUCGUUCAGAUUACUCAGAAACUUUCUACAUGAAUCAGGAUGCGGAGAUUACACAGCUGAAGUCUGAGCUGCAAGAUGCGGAGCGCAGACAAUCUGAAGAAAUUGCCAAAAUUGCUGGAGAUGUCCGAAGGUUGGAGCAGAGCGUGAAGGCCUGCUGUGACCUGCUUCGUGGGAAGCCCCAGGACGCUAGCCGCUAA